UCACGCUAACAAAGUUAAUAAAAGGCAGUGGCUCUAGCACAUUCCAGGGCAGUUCUUACCGAGACUCCUAACUGUCGGUCGGUGAGAAUUCAGACGUCUUGGAACCGCUCUCUCUGUGUGGAUUUCAACGUUUCUAUUGAGCAGUCAUGCGUGAGUGUAUCUCCAUACAUGUUGGUCAGGCGGGUGUACAGAUUGGUAACGCCUGCUGGGAGUUGUACUGCCUGGAACAUGGCAUCCAGCCUGAUGGACAGAUGCCCAGCGACAAGACCAUUGGAGGAGGCGAUGAUUCCUUCAACACUUUCUUCAGUGAGACUGGAGCUGGCAAACAUGUCCCUAGGGCUGUGUUUGUGGACCUGGAGCCUACAGUUAUUGAUGAGGUACGCACUGGCACAUACCGCCAGCUUUUCCAUCCCGAGCAACUGAUCACUGGAAAAGAAGAUGCUGCCAACAACUAUGCCCGUGGUCACUACACUAUUGGCAAGGAAAUCAUUGAUCUGGUGCUUGACAGAAUCCGCAAACUGGCUGAUCAGUGCACAGGUCUUCAGGGUUUCCUGGUCUUCCACAGCUUUGGUGGUGGGACUGGUUCUGGCUUCACCUCUCUGCUGAUGGAACGUCUCUCUGUUGAUUAUGGAAAGAAGUCCAAGCUGGAGUUCGCCAUCUACCCAGCUCCCCAAGUGUCCACUGCUGUUGUUGAGCCCUACAACUCCAUCCUGACCACUCACACCACACUUGAGCACUCUGACUGUGCUUUCAUGGUAGACAAUGAGGCCAUCUAUGACAUCUGCCGUAGAAAUCUAGACAUUGAGCGCCCAAGUUACACUAAUCUUAAUCGCCUUAUUAGUCAGAUAGUGUCCUCCAUCACGGCUUCUCUUAGAUUUGAUGGAGCCUUGAAUGUAGAUCUGACAGAGUUCCAGACUAACUUGGUGCCCUAUCCUCGUAUCCACUUCCCUCUUGCCACCUAUGCCCCAGUUAUCUCUGCAGAGAAAGCUUACCAUGAGCAGCUGACAGUAGCAGACAUAACCAAUGCUUGCUUUGAGCCAGCCAACCAGAUGGUGAAAUGUGACCCACGUCAUGGUAAAUACAUGGCUUGCUGCCUGUUGUACCGUGGUGAUGUGGUGCCCAAAGAUGUCAAUGCAGCUAUUGCCACCAUCAAGACCAAGCGUAGCAUCCAGUUUGUGGACUGGUGUCCAACUGGUUUUAAGGUUGGUAUUAACUAUCAGCCACCAACUGUGGUUCCUGGUGGGGAUCUGGCCAAGGUACAGCGUGCUGUGUGUAUGCUGAGCAACACCACUGCUAUUGCAGAGGCCUGGGCUAGGCUGGACCAUAAGUUUGACCUUAUGUAUGCCAAGCGUGCCUUUGUGCACUGGUAUGUAGGUGAGGGUAUGGAGGAGGGAGAGUUCUCUGAGGCCCGUGAGGACAUGGCUGCCCUGGAGAAGGAUUAUGAAGAAGUUGGGGCAGAUAGUGCUGAAGCAGAGGAUGAAGGCGAAGAGUAUUAAACCUUUUAAAACAUUUGAAUUAUGCCUUUUUCUUCCCCUGAAGUUAAAGUUCACCAUCUUGUAUGUUUUUUUUAAAUAAAGUUCCAUUUUAAAUAUGGCUCCUAAAUAAGUGAGGACUGUUGAAUUUAAACUUGCAUAAGCUGCUAAAAUCUUACACUAGUAGACAGCGCAGUGUAAAUUACCAUCUGCAAUGGCUUAAAAGGGUUGUCUUAUCUCACCAUUAAAUAGCUUCCCGUGCUAUGCUUUUUAUAUAGCUCCCAUGCACAGCAAUGGGAGCUACUGAAACAGAGGCGUACCGGCCUGCUGCACUGUUCCCCAGGUGCUUGGCGUUUGCUGCUUAGUCUCAUGUCUCCUUGGUAACGGCAAGAUGGGACAUCCGUUUUAAAGGGAACCUGUCACCAUGAAAAUGUAAGCUACAGGCACCAUAUUAUAGAGCAGGUGGAGCUGAGCAGAUAUGUUAUGGGAACUAUAGGAUUCAGCAUAACUUGGAAUUUAUUCAUCUGGGCUUUGAAGUCCAGGAGGUGGUCCAAUCAGUGAUUGACAGCUAUCUGUGUAUACACAGUAAUAGAAGGAAGGCUGUCAGUCACUGGCUCAAACACCAUGUUCAAUGUGACAGGUAUAGCACUUUCCAUUGAGAAUGCAAAACCUGCAGAUGCCCUAGGCUGUAAAGUGCUUGUUUUGCAGUUCUUGGUCAUACCUUAACACAGGUCUUCAAAUCAGUUUCAUUUUUUAUUUUUACUCUAAUGUUUGAAGCUACUUAGUUUACAGGAAUUUUCAUUUGGAGUACUGUGAAAUAAAUAGUAGCAUUACAGCGGGUAAUUAACUGUUAGAGCGGGAGUACUGAGGCGCAUAGUGCAUAAAAACCACUUCUCCCACCAAAUAUCUCAUCAUAAACUAUGCUAGCAGCAGCCCAUUUACCAAUUGCAAACUGGAAAUCUGACUUCCCUUCCACUUUACAUUUAUUUAAAAAAAAAGACCAAUUAGUAAGAUUAGAGGAGAUUUAGUUAGCCUGGUCCUCACACAGACUGACUCAUGUAUCCUGCCCAGACGUAUACAACUCAUAGUACAAACCUAUAUCCUGUCUUACUCUACAGAACAAAUCUAAAUACAUGCUUUUCUAUAAGGGCAUCUGUCACUGGCUGACCUGUUACAUGUGCGCCUGGCAGCUGUGCACAUCUGUUGGUCCCAUGUUCAUAUGUCCUGCAUUGCUGAGAAAAAUGAAGUUUUAAUACAUGCAAAUGAGCCUUUUGAGGCAAUGUGAGAGUUGCUGUUACACCUAAUGACUCUGCAACUGCUGCUCCCUCUCCACAUGGAAAAACAUCAUACUGCCUGGUCCUGUUAAAGUGGAGAGGACUUGGCAGUUGUAGGGAAAGUGGAGCCUCUAGGUGUAACAGCAACGCUCCGUUGCUCCUAGAGGUUCAUUUUCAUAUAGUAAGAUUUUUCUCAGCAAUGUGGACACAUGAAUAUGGGACCAACACAGAUGUCUUCAGCUGCCAAGUGCACAUGUAACAGGUCAGCCAGUGUCAUAGGUACAAAUCUGCUGAGAUGCCUUAAGUCUUGUACAGAUGCUCACAUCACGAUAGCAGACUCUUUAUUUUCUUACCAUUCUACCUUCCAUCAGUAGUAGUAGCUAUAAAUUAUACUGUUUGAAAAUGUAAUAGUUACUAGUGGUGAUAAACUGAGUAACUUCAAAAUG